AUGCCCUCCGACAAGAGCAACAACAAGCGCAAGAAGAAGGAUGUCUCAGACUUCAAGCGCGUGAAAGCCAAAGUUGGGAAACGAGCACUGAAGCCAGCGAAUGAGACAGAUACAAGCUUCAAGACGUCCCGUGUGGCAGUGUCGGGCAACCAGUUUGGUUCUGAGGAGGAUGGAUCAUUGGCUUCCGGUAGCAGCAAUGCACUUCUUUCCAGCAGAGGUCGGUCUCUCGACGACCUCGUGAGCCACUUGCGCCAUCCUGCUGCAGCUGUGAGAAUCAGUGCUGCGAAAGGGUUGAGAGAUGCCAUUGCUGUCCAUCAAGCGAGUCUGGCAACUAUUCGACACCAUUUGCCCGUCUUGUUUCCCGUGUGCGCCAAGUGCUGUAUCGACGAAGACGGAGAAGUCAGACAGUUGGCUCUCUCCAUUCUCAAAGAGAUUGUUUCUCGAAUGUGCAACAACAAUGACACUGAAGAUCAAGGCGCUAAUGCGUCUCAUUUCUUGCAUCUCAAGCCAUUCAUUCCCUUGCUCAUGGCACACGUCCUCUCGACUCUCAACAGUCUGGACCGUAGUGUCCAAAAAGACGGUGUCAUGAUUGUCAGAAUGUUGAGUGCCACUAUCCAUCCUUUGAUCACUCCCUACAAGGCUCAAAUUCUCUCAGCCUUUGUUUCCAUUUUCUCGGACAAGUCGAGACACGUGAGAACAAACCAAUUCACAAAAGGAACAGAUGGCGGAAAGAAAUCGUCGACAACCAAUGAUUCCAUCAAGGACCAUGUACUGCAGUCGUUGGUUUUGCUGCUACGGGAUGACGAAGAUCACGAGAAACACCAUCUCUUGUCAAACAACAACAACUCUCGCUGCCAACCAGAAUCAGUUCUUGAGGUGAAACAGAAUGGCGGCAGCAUCACGGCCAUGUUUAUUCCUGGAUACAAAGGGGCAACUCGACCAAUGCCAUUGUCUAGUCUUCCACACGAACUAACGCCAAGGGCGGUUCACUCUUUGCUCGGUUCGAAAGAGCAACAAACCUCGCCAUCCUCCAAUCCAACCAGCCAAACCACCUGUGAUCUUCUGGGAAGCCUCCGAGAUGCCUUUGCCGAGGCGACUCAAGCAGAAAAGGGUCCACUAGAUCUUUCAGAUGUGCUCUUGAUUAUGAAAGCGGCACACUUAGUCUACAACUCAUCUUCGACGACUUGUCGAACCGAUCCAUCAUUCGUCAAAGCUUGGUCUCAAUACACUUCUCUCUUGACCGACAUCUGUCCUGUGUCCCCGGCAUUGAUAGGCAAUUCUCCAAAGUUGGUAGCCGAUGUAAACCUGGAGUACUGUUCCACCAUGUUGGUCACCUACGCGGAUAGCAUUGGCGUUGUUGACAAGGCCUGCCUUGACAGCAUUCUGGCAUAUUUGUUUCGUGAGCUGAAGAAGUGCCAGCCUUUGGAGGAAGCCUCCACCAAAGAGCAAGCCUUGUUCCGGCCUCUCAAUCAAAUUCUCUUCAUUUCCAAGCGCAAGAACGAUGCAUGGGCGGAGAACGCCGCUCGUAGACUUGUCAAGGAAGUUGCAAAUAACUUCUUGGGUACCGAUGGAAAGGGGGAAGUGUCAAAGGACACUGUGGCAAGAUCUGUUGUGGCGCGCAAGUGCACCAUGCUGAUCCACAGUUUUCUGGAACAGUGUGCUUGGUCGAUUCGUCAAGACAUCGAGGCUGACGGUGUGUUAUUGACCCGGCUAGUAAAGGGCGUUGGCAGUUUCCUGGCUUCGUGGGGCAGCGACUAUUUGGCGGAGUCAAGUCUGGUGAUUUCACUACUGCACCAAAUUGUGAGGAGGUUGGAUGUAACGAGCGCUAGUAUUUCCAAAGAGGAAGCCCGUCUCGUAGAGCAUAUUCGCUCGGACCUGGUCUUGCUCGUAAAGCAAGAAAAAGGGAAGACAUCAAUCUUUGAAGCCUAUCCUACAGAUAUGCAACGGAAGAUGCUUGGGCUAAUAGUGAUGCUCAAAGCUCCUCCACAGCCGCUGCUUGAUGGACUGGCAAAGAUAUGUGCACGGUCCUGGAGGAAGAAUGACAAUGGCAUCAGUCCCUUCAUUGCAUCACUUGCGGCACAAUCGAUUCACAACAUACGGAGAACCUUGUCGAUGCAAGCCUACUUGGGCUUCAUUACAAGCAGCACUGGUAUCUCCGGAAAGCCUUUGAAAAAUACCGAGAAAGGCCCCGAUGCUAUUCUUCGGUUCGACGGCAGCAUUGCUUUAGCAUGCCAAUUCUUGUGUCAGUGUGGCCCAACCAAAGUCCUGCCCAUGCUGCAGCCACUUCUUGACGGGUGGCUGCGACUUGCAGAAGACACUGCUCCUACGGUUAACCAAGUAUUGCAGGCACGAGCAGCAACAUCCGUUCUAGGGUCCUUUGCUGCUAGAAUCUCCACGGAAAGUUCGGUUCUGGAAAUCGUUCCAGAGUACCACGCUGCAAUCGUGACGACAACUUGCGUGAUUCUGAGACAUCUCUUGUCUCUAAUCGAGAACACUAGAUCAGAGUCAAGAGACAGCAGUUUGUCAGCGUUCCUGGAGCCGUUUGUUGUGUUAUUUCAAUACGAAGGAGACUUGUUUGUGAAAGUGUUUUCCAACGCGACCGGAGACAUCCAAUCAGCAACCAUUACAUCUCAAACAAGCCUUGUUUCGGCCUUGUUGGUCAUGGUGAACGACGAUCGUCUGUCGUCGGUUCUCAAUGCAUCGCCUGACCUGCUUAAAGACGCAAAAGUAAUUGAAAAGACUCUGGUGUCGAGCUCCGCUCAGCAAGUCGCUGGAAGACUCCAUGCCGCUGUGGAGUUGCGAUGUGGCUCCGAAUUGAAGCAAUGA